CCAAACCACCGCCUCUCUCUCUCCAGCUGCACUGGGGAACAUCUACUUUUUUCUUUAUUCAUGAGCGACAGGAAACCCCCGGGACCCCGCAGCAGACCAGUGUGACCGCCAAACAGCCACGAGGAGUCGACAUGGGGAGCCCGGUGUAUCCGAGAUGACCGAGGGUUCGGGUCCAAACAACCCCUUCUUUUAAAGAGGGAACCGCGCAAGGCUUGUUUUUGGACUUCCACCUCUCCUCCUCUCUCCCCGUAGGAUUUGAUUCAAAGGCGAAAACCAAGAUGGCCGCCGACUCCGUGCAGGGGGAUGCCAGGGGCCAGCUGGUGGCAGAAAGAUUAGGUUUGGGAAAUAACCUGGACCUGUCAGACACCAUGGUCCAACAGAAGCUGGAUGAGAUCAAGGAGCAAAUUCGCCGUGAGAUAAGAAAGGAGCUGAAGAUCAAGGAAGGAGCGGAAAACCUGCGAAAAGUCACCACAGACAAGAAGAGUCUGGCUUAUGUUGACAACAUGCUGAAGAAGUCCAACAAAAAAGUUGAGGAGCUUCACCAGGAGCUGCAGGAACUCAAUGCUCAUAUCGUAGUGAAGGACCCCGAAGAACUGCUGGAAUGCCCUUUGACCCCAGACACGCCAAACAGUGAGGCCAGAAUGUGCACCAGCAGCAGUCGACUCGCCGCUCUGAAACGGCAGAAUGACAUUGAGCUCAAGGUCAAGCAGGGAGCAGAAAACAUGAUUCAGAUGUACAGCAAUGGACCCUCGAAGGAUCGGAAGUUGCUGGCAACAGCACAGCAGAUGCUCCAAGACAGCAAAACAAAGAUCGAGUUCAUCAGAAUGCAGAUCCUCAAGGCUAGCCAGGCCAACGAGCUGAGCUUUGAGAGCAAUGAAGUUAUGGACAAGCAAAUCAUCAGUCCGUUGGAUCUGCGAGUGGAGGAGCUGUGUCACCACGCCAAGAUAGAGUCUGCCGUGGCAGAGGGAGCCAAGAAUGUCAUGAAACUCCUGGGAUCUGGGAAAGUCACAGAAAAGAGAGCACAUUCGGAGGCCCAGGCCCGCUUCAACGAGUCCAACCAAAAGCUCGACCUCCUGCGCUAUUCCUUGGAACAGCGUCUCAACGAGCUGCCCAAAAACCACCCGCGUAGCUGCAGCAUCAUGGAGGAGCUGUCCCUCUUGUCCACACCAGUCCUCAGCCCCAGAUCCAGCAUCAUCUCCACACAGAACCAGUACAGCACCGUCACCAAGCCCGCAGCACUCACAGGAACCUUAGACGUCAGGCUCAUGGGCUGUCAGGACCUUCUAGAAAAUGUUCCGGGUCGUUCCAAAGCCGCUUCUGUCCCUCUGCCCGGCUGGAGUCCCAGUGAGACGCGCUCAUCCUUCAUCAGCAGAGCCAACCGAAACCGCGGCGUGAGCUCGCGGAACGUGACCAAGAGUGAAGAGCUUUCCAAUGAGAUUAGUGCAGUCCUGAAGCUGGACAACACAGUGGUCGGCCAGACAAGCUGGAGACCAGUCAGCAACCAGGCCUGGGACCAGAAGUUCACUUUGGAGCUGGACCGGUCGCGGGAGCUGGAAAUCUCCGUGUACUGGCGCGACUGGCGCUCUCUGUGCGCCGUCAAGUUCCUUCGGCUGGAGGACUUCCUGGACAACCAGCGCCACGGGAUGUGCUUGUACCUGGAGCCCCAGGGGAUGCUGUUCGCUGAGGUGACAUUUUUCAAUCCCGUCAUCGAGAGACGACCAAAGCUCCAAAGACAAAAGAAGAUUUUCUCCAAACAGCAAGGUAAAACGUUCCUGCGAGCGCCUCAGAUGAACAUCAACAUCGCCACCUGGGGGCGACUGGUGAGAAGAGCGAUACCCACCGUCAGCACCAACUCCUUCAGUCCACAAGCUGCCGAGACUGGACCCAGCAGCCUUCCUGGUUCACCCUCGCCCUGCAGUGACCCACUCGUGACCAAGCUGGACUUCGACAAGGAGCCCACACCUGGACCAAAGCACUACCCCAUACCUGAAGAGAUCCAGGAGCCCAUGGUCCAACACAAGAUUCCAGACAAGGACGAUGUUCAGAACGCUCUCGCCUCCUUCGACUUCCUGAACAAGAGGAACAGCAUUGCUGUGAAACCAGACCUGGACGGGGUGCCGGAGCACAUCCAGCAUCCAGACCUGGAGCUCACUGCCAUCCAGAAGGACACAGACAUUCGAGAAGAGGAGCAGUUCCACUUCAGUCUUCAGGACUUCAAGUGUGUCGCGGUCCUCGGGCGCGGCCAUUUUGGAAAGGUGUUGUUAGCUGAGUACAAGAGCACUGGAGAAAUGUUUGCCAUCAAAGCUCUGAAGAAGGGAGACAUUGUGGCUCGGGAUGAAGUGGACAGUCUGAUGUGUGAGAAGAGGAUAUUCGAGACGGUCAACAGCGUCCGCCACCCCUUCCUGGUCAACCUGUUUGCCUGUUUCCAGACGCAGGAGCACGUUUGUUUUGUGAUGGAGUACGCAGCCGGGGGCGACCUGAUGAUGCACAUCCACGCUGACGUCUUCUCAGAGCCCAGAGCUGUGUUCUACGCUGCGUGUGUGGUUCUGGGACUGCAGUUCCUGCACGACCACAAGAUCGUCUACAGGGACCUGAAGUUGGACAACCUGCUCCUGGACACGGAGGGAUACGUGAAGAUCGCUGACUUUGGGCUUUGCAAAGAAGGAAUGGGCUUCCGAGACCGGACCAGCACGUUUUGCGGGACACCGGAGUUCUUAGCUCCCGAAGUUUUGACUGAAACUUCGUACACCCGCGCCGUGGACUGGUGGGGCCUGGGUGUGCUCAUCUUUGAGAUGCUGGUCGGGGAGUCCCCCUUCCCUGGUGAUGAUGAGGAAGAGGUGUUUGACAGUAUAGUCAACGAUGAAGUCCGAUAUCCUCGGUUCCUCUCCACCGAAGCCAUUUCCAUCAUGAGGAGGCUAUUGAGGAGAAGUCCGGAGCGGCGGCUGGGCGCAGGAGAACGCGACGCGGAGGAAGUAAAGCGACAUCUGUUCUUCAGGAACAUGGAUUGGAACGGCCUCCUGGCCAAGAGGGUGAGGCCGCCGUUCGUGCCGGUCAUCCACGGCGCCAACGACGUCAGCAACUUCGACGACGAGUUCACGUCCGAGGCGCCGAUCCUGACCCCGCCCAGGGAGCCCCGGAUGCUCAACACGGAGGAGCAGAACAUGUUCUCGGACUUUGACUACAUCGCCGACUGGUGUUAGCGCGGCGCCGCCACACACACACUGUGAAAACAACCCCGGGACUGAUGCCCCAUUUUGGCCCAAACGUUGAGGGUCUGAAUUGCUGAGGGGAACGGUCAGGACACCCUCCUGUCAAGACAUUCACAUCGACAUGAAGAACUGUUUUUUUUUUUUUUUUUUUUUUAAAGACGUUUGAAGGAGGAGGGAGGCGUGGACGUCGUCUGACCACUGAGAAUGUUCCGGACUCUGCAGACGUCACCAUCAUGUUAUUCUGCAUCACUGUCAAUACUAUGGUCUUGUGUACAGAUUAUAUUCUGUCCUAUAUUUUAUUGUUUUCGUCUCUGUGUAAUCCACAUAGCUUUCACUACAGCAUUAGGAGGCUUUCCUCCAACAUGAAUUUUCCAGAGAGGUUAAAAUGCUUUCAGAUGAGAAUUGAACCCCCCCCCCCCCCACAUCUUGUUGGUGCAGAUGUCCACGAGCAGUUAUACCUCAAUCAUAUGCUGCGUACAACUGAAUCUUUAUUUAUUCACUGAUGAAUUGGAGCAAUUCAACCCCUCCCCGUCUCUUCUAGACUCCAUGUUUGGGGCUGCAGCGACACCUACCUUGGUUUUCCUCCCUGUCAGGACUGGCCGACCUGUUGAAUCACUGCAGGGUGUUUUUAUAUCCACAUUACUGUAUGUACACAAGAAGAAAGCACUAAUUUUAUCCAGUUUUAUUUACCUGCAUUUCGUAAUAAUGGAAAAGGAUUGUACAAAGUUUUUUUUUUUUAUUUCUUGCUUGUGCAUGUUUAUCCCCGAACAGAAACUUUUAGGAUGGUACAAACAUGGAUGACUCCUCAGCCCGGUGUAAAAGAAAAACAAUCGUGUUUGUUACCUGUCGUAAAUGCAGAUUAAACAUUUGUAACA